UGUCCACCUGACUGACCUGUCCUCAGGACAACACCAUCAGGAAGAGGACAUUCGUUCAGAGCAGACAUCUACGGCGUUGAAAGAUUCCCACGCUAGGAUGCAGCGAAUCCGGGAGGGAAUCCACAUCAGGACCAUGAAGGCCAAGAGGAAAGUAGAGGACAUCUCUAAGGAAGACGUCCAGGCCUUCUUCAGGAAGAACGCCUUUGUUCUCUUUACUGUAGCGGCUGUCGUUAUUGGUAUAAUCCUGGGCUUUGCCCUGCGCCCCUAUAAGAUGACCUACCGGGAGGUCAAGUACUUCUCCUUCCCCGGGGAGCUGCUGAUGAGGAUGCUCCAGAUGUUGGUGCUCCCCCUGCUGGUGUCCAGCCUCAUCACAGGCAUGGCAGCAUUGGACAGUAAGGCUUCAGGAAAGAUGGGCAUGCGAGCUGUGGUUUAUUACAUGACCACCACCAUCAUCGCUGUCAUCAUCGGCAUCAUCAUGGUGCUCAUCAUCCACCCUGGGAAAGGGUCAAGGGAUGAGUUCAUGAAACAGUCCAAGAUAGAGGACAUAAGCCCGGCUGAUGCCUUCCUGGAUCUCAUCAGAAACAUGUUUCCACCAAACCUGGUCCAGGCCUGUACACAGCAGUUCAAAACCAAAUAUGGAAAGCGAAUUGUCCAUGUGACUGUGACCGUCAACGACUCCUUCUUCAACUUGACCAACCUGACGGAGCAGAUAACUCGGGAGGAGGCGAUUCCCAUCCCAGGGCAGGUGAACGGCGUCAACGCCCUGGGGCUAGUGGUCUUCUCCAUGUGCUUCGGCCUCAUCAUCGGUAACAUGAAGGAGCAGGGCCAGCCCCUCAGGGAGUUCUUCGACAGCCUCAAUGAGGCCAUCAUGAAACUGGUGGCUAUUAUCAUGUGGUGA